AUGAAUAAUCAGCCGCGGUUCAGCCGUGCACUGCCAGGAGCAGGAGGCUGCCAAGCUCUGGCCUCGGGUGCGGUGGGCCCGAAAAGGAGGCCCUGGCAGCCGGCCACAGGGCUUUUGCUUGUUCAGGAUUUCUUAUUAAAUCCUUUUAUUGUGCUCCACUCACGCAAAGGGCCAAGGCGAAACAAGCGCAGAGAAAUGACUGGAGGGGUGGAAAAAGGAGAGCGAGGAGAGAGAAGGGAAAUGGGAUCUCUUUUGUUUCUCUCUUUUGCCAGUCGCUCCCUCGCUCUCUGUUGCCCCUCACUCUCUCGCCCUCUCUCUGUGUCUCCCUCUAUCUCUCACUCUCUUUCUCUCUCUCCCUCUGUGACUGAAAAUAUGUUUGAUUUACUGUAUGGGAUAGUUGUGGUGAGGUGAAAAGUUUUUGUCCCUCAACAGGCCGGCUGGCUCUGGUUGUGUGUCGUCUAUCUGUUCACUAAGCCCCUUUCCUUUCUGAAUGGUACAUUCCUUCUCUAGGAUUAUUUCUAUUUUUGAACAAUGUAAAUGUAAUGUAUAGGGACUCAGUCUCUGGAGUCUAGACAAUAGUGUUUUUGGCUGCCUCCAACUGCUGUUUAUGGGAUAUGUGGUCUUCCUUGAGCAAAUAUCAAAUGAAAAGCACAUGCAUUCACAUUUUAAAGGACAAGUGAUAGUCUGGUUGUGCAGCUCUCUGUCAAUGGAGGCCUUCUGGAGUCCCAUUUUUAAAGUCUUGCCAGAAAAUAUAACCAUGGUUUGUGUUGUUUCAGCUGUUUCUCUUCUGGAUUUGACCGAGCAGUUCACGCCGCCAGAAACUGCUCCCCCUACCCUGGUGAACCUAGUGGAGGCCAUUGAGAAGAAAGGUACGCACUCACACACAACACAAUGCAAUGCAAUGCAAUGCAAUGCAACGCAAACAUAAACAUACAUACACAGUAAAUAUACAGGGGUAAACUAGUAGUCGCCAUUCAGAGGAGAGGUACAAUGGUAAUGCAUGACAUUACUCCGGUAUUAUUCCAUUAUUCCAUUAGUCCAAAACCUGUCUCAUACCUCCACAGACUGCACUAUACAGCUACACUGUAGUGUUUAUUUGUCCCUGAUAGUUUGAUUUAUUCUCACCUGUGUGCUCAUGGUAUCAUGGAGUGAUGCAUUACCAACUAGACUCGGGAGGAGGUCUUCAUUCACAGUUUCAGCGCGCAUAGGGGAGAGCCGGGACAAAAGUAACGCGGGGCGAAUUAGCACGCCCAUUUUCUCAGAUGAUACAGAAGCUAGAAGGAUGUAGUGAAGUCAGCACGUUCCUAAUGCGGAGUACGAGCUCCCUGUAAAAAAAACAGCCCAGUGCCGACCAUGUUUUGCCAAGUUAUCUACAGAACAUGUUUUUAGCGAUGUACAGUACCAGUCAAAAGUAUGGACACCCCGACUCAUUCCAGGGUUUUUCUUUAUUUUUACUAUUUCCUACAUUGUAGAAUAAUAGUGAAGACAUCAAAACUAUGAAAUAACACAUAUGGAAUCAUGUAGUAACCAAAAAAGUGUUAAAGAAAUUGAAAAAUAAAUUUGAGAUUCUUCAAAUAGCCACCCUUUGCCUUGAUGACAGCUUUGCACACUCUUGGCAUUCUCUCAACCAGCUUCACCUGGAAUGCUUUUCCAACAGUCUUGAAGGAGUUCCCACAUAUGCUGAGCACUUGUUGGCUGCUAUUCCUUCACUCUGCGGUCUGACUCAUCCCAAACCAUCUCAAUUGGGUUGAGGUCGGGUGCUUGUGGAGGCCAGGUCAUCUGAUGCAGCACUCCAUCACUCUCCUUCUUGGUAAAAUAGCCCUUACACAGCCUGGAGGUGUGUUGGGUCAUUGUCCUGUUGAAAAACAAAUGAUAAUCCCACUAACCCAAACCAGACGGGAUGGUGUAUCGCUGCAGAAUGCUGUGGUAGCCAGGCUGGUUAAGUGUGCCUUGAAUUCUAAAUAAAUCAGAGUGUCACCAGCAAAGCACCAUCACCCCACCUCCUCCAUGCUUUACGGUGGGAAAUACACAUGCAGAGAUCAUCCGUUCACCUACACCGCGUCUCACAAAGCCACGGCGGUUGGAACCAAAAAUCUCAAAUUUGGACUCCAGACCAAAGGACACAUUUCCAGCGGUCUAAUGUCCAUUGCUCGUGUUUCUUGGCCCAAGCAGGUCUCUUCUUCUUAUUGGUGUCCUUUAGUAGUGGUUUCUUUGCAGCAAUUCGACCAUGAAGGCCUGAUUCUCACACAGUCCCCUCUGAACAGUUGAUGUUGAGAUGUGUCUGUUACAUUUAUUUGGGCUGCAAUUUCUGAGGCUGGUAACUCUAAUGAACUUAUCCUCUGCAGCAGAGGUAACUCUGGGUCUUCCCUUCCUGUGGUGGUCCUCAUGAGAGCCAGUUUCAUCAUAGCGCUUGAUGUUUUUUGCUGCUGCACUUGAAGAAACUUUCAAAGUUCUUGAAAUUGUCCAUAUUGACUGACCUUCAUGUCUUAAAGUAAUGAUGGACUGUUGUUUCUCUUUGCUUAUUUGAGCUGUUCUUGCCAUAAUAUGGACUUGGUCUUUUACCAAAUAGGGCGAUCUUCGGUAUAGCCCCCUCAAGUAUCAUGCUAGCUAGUCUUGGGUCUUAGACUGGGAGAGUUACUUGAGAGACGGGUGGGACGAAAGUAACAGAAUGUUAACUGAGGGACCUGGAAUAAAAUAAAAUAAACGUUUAAGCACAGGCCGUUGUCUCCUCUAGUUCAUAUUGCUUUUAAAAAAAGGAUAGCACAAUAUCAACAAAUGACUGAAUGUUUGAAAAUGAUAUGACAUUAUUAGAAUUAUGCUGUAAUCAAUUGACUUGAUCGAUCAGCUUCUCACAUAAGCUUUUAUCGACAGGUUAGUGGUUAAAAAUAUAUAUUUGUGAUUCGGGGGGUCAAUUACCAUGUGUCAAGCCAUGGAAAUGUGAUAAGCAUGAUGAGUUUGCCAUUUGUGAAGAGAAUAAUUUUUUUUAUUCUAUCAAGGCACGAGGAGUGUGAAUGACAAUGACAGCUGGAGCUCACCAGAAUAUUCAUUUGAAAAUGGUGAAAAACAUCUACUACAUUCCCAUUUAAAGGGAUACUUUGGGAUUUUGGCAAUGAGGCCCUUUAUCUACAGUACUUCCCCAGAGUCAGAUGAACUUGUGGAUACCGUUUUUAUUUGUCUGUGCCCAGUAUGAAGGAAGGUAGAGUUUCACGUAUCUACUCGACUUCGUCAUUGUGCUAAUGCUAGUUAGCAUUGGCUCGCGAAGCUACCUCUAAAUUACAGUUCUAAUGGUGGAGGACAAUUUGUCAUAAAAUAUGGUAUCGCUAACUCCAUAGAUCUGAGUAAUUAGGAAAAAAGCGUGUUACUUUCGUCCCGGUUUUCCCCUACAUACACACACAGACUCACACAUACAGACACACACAGAGAAGUGCAUACACAAAUAACCGUGCACACACACACAUAACAGUACACACACAGCCAUGCACAGGCACAAAGGCGGGGCACACACACCUUUCGUCCCACUCUACCCACAAUACCACUAAAUUGUAUGAAGUACAGUAUACACGUGUCAAUUUAACAUUUUGGGCCGCUCUACGACAUGCCCAUUACACAUGUUCAUUUCAUGUACAUCGCACGUUCAAUAAUUCCACUCCUUCGAGGAAACAUUCACAAACAUUUGUGAGAAUAGGUUGUCUCAUUGCCAAUGGCCUCUCAGACUCUUCAGUCGUCUAGACUGAAGCUGGGUGAUUCUCAUGGAACCAACUGAAACCAUGUCUGUGAUGAAUUCAGCUAUAUAGCCUCUAUAAAAACGUAAAUAAUUUACUAUCGUGUUAAUGCUCACUAUGCUUGGUUUCUGGCUCUUAAAUCUUAUUUUUGUGUUUUUUUAUUAAAACAUUUACUCUAUCUCAUUACUGUAAUGUACAUUUUGUAGGACUUUACAUGCAUUUAAUUUAUAAAAAUAACUAACAUAUUUAAUUAAAACCAAUGAAAUAUUGUUUAAAGUGAUACAUAUUCAAAGACCGUUAUCAUUUCUGGGUACAUUACAAAUUAGUCAUAUUUUAGACAAAAAAACGAUCACGUGUUUCUCAUUACCGUAGCAUUUCUUAAAGUUCCUUUACAAAAUACAGUGUUUUUUAAUUAGAAAAAUUUGACCCAUAAUGCAUUACUAAGAAGAGAAGAUCAAAGAUGGCCACAAGGUAAGCUAGUCUUUUCUCUUUUAUUAUGUUUAAAUCUGAUAAUUGUCCUCGUACACCCCAUUUACUCAUUUUAGAUUGUCAUUACCGUAACUGUGUAAUACUUGAUGUUUGAGCAAAAACAUUGAUUAAACUAUUUAUAGUAUAAUAGAUUAGAAAGAGCAUUAAUUUAUGAUGUAAAUGUUUUUGCUGAGUCAUAGAGGCUUCUGCCAUUGUUAGCUAAAUUUGCUAAGGGCUUCUCAUGACCAUAAUGACCAAUUCUCAUUACCAUGCCAUAUGGUUGUCUGUUACGGUAAUUAGAAGUUCAGUUACGGUAAUGAUAAACUGUUUCUGAUGCAUGUACAAUGUAACUACAUCACACUACAGUGGGGAGAACAAGUAUUUGAUACACUGCCGAUUUUGCAGGUUUUCCUACUUACAAAGCAUGUAGAGGUCUGUCAUUUUUAUCAUAGGUACACAUCAACUGUGAGAGACGGAAUCUAAAAAAAAUCUAAAAAAAUCCAGAAAAUCACAUUGUAUGAUUUUUAAGUAAUUAAUUUGCAUUUUAUUGCAUGACAUAAGUAUUUGAUACAUCAGAAAAGCAGAACUUAAUAUUUGGUACAGAAACCUUUGUUUGCAAUUACAGAGAUCAUACGUUUCCUGUAGGUCUUGACCAGGUUUGCACACACUGCAGCAGGGAUUUUGGCUCACUCCAUACAGAUCUUCUCCAGAUCCUUCAGGUUUCGGGACUGUCGCUGGGCAAUACGGACUUUCAGCUCCCUCCAAAGAUUUUCUAUUGGGUUCAGGUCUGGAGACUGGCUAGGCCCUGGCUGUGUGUUUCGGGUCGUUGUCAUGCUGGAAGACCCAGCCACGACCCAUCUUCAAUGUUCUUACUGAGGGAAGGAGGUUGUUGGCCAAGAUCUCGCGAUACAUGGCCCCAUCCAUCCUCCCCUCAAUACGGUGCAGUCGUCCUGUCCCCUUUGCAGAAAAGCAUCCCCAAAGAAUUAUGUUUCCACCUCCAUGCUUCACAGUUGGGAUGGUGUUCUUGGGGUUGUACUCAUCCUUCUUCUUCCUCCAAACACGGCGAGUGGAGUUUAGACCAAAAAGCUCUAUUUUUGUCUCAUCAGACCACAUGACCUUCUCCCAUUCCUCCUCUGGAUCAUCCAGAUGGUCAUUGGCAAACUUCAGACGGGCCUGGACAUGUGCUGGCUUGAGCAGGGGGACCUUGUGUGCGCUGCAGGAUUUUAAUCCAUGACGGCAUAGUGUGUUACUAAUGGUUUUCUUUGAGACUGUGGUCCCAGCUCUCUUCAGGUCAUUGACCAGGUCCUGCCGUGUAGUUCUGGGCUGAUCCCUCACCUUCCUCAUGAUCAUUGAUGCCCCAAGAGGUGAGAUUUUGCAUGGAGCCCCAGACCGAGGGUGAUUGACAGUCAUCUUGAACUUCUUCCAUUUUCUAAUAUUUGCACCAACAGUUGUUGCCUUCUCACCAAGCUGCUUGCCUAUUGUCCUGUAGCCCAUCCCAGCCUUGUGCAGGUCUACAAUUUUAUCCCUGAUGUCCUUACACAGCUCUCUGGUCUUGGCCAUUGUGGAGAGGUUAGAGUCUGUUUGAUUGAGUGUGUGGACAGGUGUCUUUUAUACAGGUAACGAGUUCAAACAGGUGCAGUUAAUACAGGUAAUGAGUGGAGAACAGGAGGGCUUCUUAAAGAAAAACUAACAGGUCUGUGAGAGCCGGAAUUCUUACUGGUUGGUAGGUGAUCAAAUACUUAUGUCAUGCAAUAAAAUGCAAAUUAAUGACUUACAAAUCAUACAAUGUAAUUUUCUGGAUUUUUGUUUUAGAUUCCGUCUCUCACAGUUGAAGUGUACCUAUGAUAAAAAUUACAGACCUCUACAUGCUUUGUAAGUAGGAAAACCUGCAAAAUCGGCAGUGUAUCAAAAACUUGUUCUCCCCACUGUAUGUGCGCAACAUAUACACUGCUAACCAAACAACAGUGCUAGGUGCAUGCACACUUGAAUUAAAGGCUAAAUACACUCAUAUUUUUUUUAAUAAAAAAUAUUUAGAUCAAAAAAUGGUCUCCUGAUGUGGUUUAAGCAAUGUUAGCAUAUCCAAUUUGGUUGUUUUUCUAUAAAAAAACUUUUUUUUUUUUUUUUUUUUUUUGCGAAAACCUGGAUAACAAAUCUGAACAACCACCACCAGCUUUUCUAGGUCCUUUUUUGACGCACCUGACCAGACAACUGGGCAAUAGUCAAGAUGGGACAAAACCAAAGCUUGCAGGACUUGUUUGGUUGCAUCUGUUAUAAAAGAAUGACCCUUUCACGUCUCACCACUGCAAAAAAAAUAUAGGGAAACACUGAGUUACCAUUUUAUAAUUUAACAUUACACUUAAAAAUCUAAAGUUUGUCUGUUUUCAGAAAUCAAAAGUGGUCUUCUGUCAACAAAUGUCCCCAUCCUAGACCAUCUGUGAUUUGUAGAUCCAGCUCGGUGUAUGCAAACAAUCCAAAAUGAAUGGAAAAUAUGAGGACCAAAUAAUUUCCAGAUUUGUUGUGUUCAUCUUUUCCACUAAAGACAAAGGUCCUUAGUGUUAUAUCAGAUUUUAAACUGUCAUGGUCAAAGCAUAUUUAUUCUGUUGUAAAGAUGGGGAGAGAUUUGUCUGUGAUGAAGAGAUGUUUUGCUUUUAUAACAUUUAGAUGCAGCCAAACAAGUCCUGCAAGCUUUGGUUUUGUCCCAUCUUGACUAUUGCCCAGUUGUAUGGUCCGGUGCAUCAAAAAAUGACCUAGAAAAGCUGCAGCUGGCCCAGAACAGAGCAGCACGUCUGGCCCUCAAAUGUUCUUGGAGGGCCAAUGUCAAUAACAUGCAGGUCAGACUCUCCUGGUUCAGAGUGGAGGAGAGAUUGACUGCAUCACUGUGUUUAAGGCUCCUGAGUGGCGCAGUGGUCUAAGGCACUGCAUCGCAGUGCUAACUGUGCCACUAGAGAUCCUGGUUCGAAUCCAGGCUCUGCCGCGACCGGGAGACUCAUGGGCGGCGCACAAUUGGCCCAGCGUUGUCCAGGGUAGGGGAGGGAAUGGCCAGCAGGGAUGUAGCUCAGUUGAUAGAGCAUGGCGUUUGCAACGCCAGGGUUGUGGGUUUGAUUCCCAUGGGGGGCCAGUAUAAAAAAAUAUGUAUUCACUAACUGUAAGUCGCUCUGGAUAAGAGCGUCUGCUAAAUGACUAAAAUGUAAAAUGUUUAAGAGAGAGUAUUGACAUGCUGAAAGUACCGAAUUGUCUGUACAGCCAGUUAAGACACAGCUCAAAACCUAUACAUCCCCCCCCCCCACAAGACACGCAAUCAGGGGUCUCUUCACAGUCCCCAAGUCCAGAACAGAGGCUGGGAGACUCACAGUACUGUUUAGAGAAAUGACUAUAUUUAAUUGUCUUCCACCUCAGGCAAGCAAUAAAAUCAGUUUUAAAAAAACAGAUAAACCGUAGUGUUCUUAGUUAAAAUGUGUGUUGCUGUUCCUGUCAAUUAGUGUACUGUAUUUUGUCAUGUUCUAUGUUUUGUGUGGACCCCAGGAAGAAUAGCUUCUGCUUCUUGAACAGCUAAUGGAGAUCUGAACAAAAAAUAAAGCAAACAUUUGGAGUUGAGGCAUAUAGCAUGAUGUUCUAAUUGCUGCCAAGUGAUGUGUACUCUUCGUGACAUUACAUUUACACUUGAGGUCUUAACACAUCUGACCAACCUUGGUAUAAACUGUGUUAAAGGGACAUUACAUUACAUUUACAUUUUAGUCAUUUAGUAGACGCUCUUAUCCAGAGCGACUUACAGUGAGUGAGUGCAUACAUUUUCCAUACUGGCCCCCCGUGGGAAUCGAACCCACAACCCUGGCGUUGCAAGCGCCAUGCUCUACCAACUGAGCUACAGGAGGCCCUAUUACACUCAAAAAUUCAAAGAUGAAUUGUCAUGAUGAAUACAAGAUGAUGCCGAACAAUUUUCCCUUUAAUCUUUUUUGGCACUGAGCAAAUUUCAGGUCUGCUGAGCACAAACUUGAACAUUGAAAAUUCUGUGCAACUUCCAGUGAGCAUUUACUGUGAACACUGAGGCUGUACCCGCUUUAAGUUACAGUUUUAACAGUGCACAGUAGGCUACUGUGGCUAUUUGAUCAUAAUGUAGGGCAGAGUGGCCUACCAUCAAAAACAAUGGAGAAAAUGCAUCCCAUAACAUUUUAACAUGGAAAUAGCUGUUCUAUCAUUCAGCCUAAGGUAGCAUCCAAUGUGUGGUGUUCAAUGUAGGCCUACAUUCCAUGAGACAUGCAGGGCUUGACAUUAACCUGUUUAUCCACUUGCCCUUCAGACAAGGUGACUGAAAAUGUUGUGUUUAAUGCAAGAAACCACUUUACAAAAUAAAAUGCAUUAUUAUUCCCAUAUCAUUUAUUAUACAGAAUCAGACAAAUUAUGCUACGCUCUGUCUAUUGGCUACUUAGCUUAUUAAAAAAAGGUCUUUACCAGACUCGCUUUUCAAAGAUGUCUAGAAAUGUAUACGUUUUGUCUCACUAACUAGCAAAGGAUAUGAACUAAAUGUGCACACGUGGCUACAUGCAGCUCUUGCUUUGAUCUCAAAACAAGCGCAUCUACUCACGACCACUUAUGCUGUAAACACAGUCCAGUUCAAAGUAAAUGGCACAGAUCCAUACAGUGAGGGGAAAAAAGUAUUUGAUCCCCUGCUGAUUUUGUACGUUUGCCCACUGACAAAGAAAUGAUCAGUCUAGAAUUUUAAUGGUAGGUUUAUUUGAAUGGUGAGAGACAGAAUAACGACAAAAUAAUCCAGAAAAACACAUGUCAAAAAUGUUAUAAAUUGAUUUGCAUUUUAAUGAGGGAAAUAAGUAUUUGACCCCCUCUCAAUCAGAAAGAUUUCUGGCUCCCAGGUGUCUGUUAUACAGGUAACAAGCUGAGAUUAGGAGCACACUCUUAAAGGGAGUGCUCCUAAUCUCAGCUUGUUACCUGUAUAAAAGACACCUGUCCACAGAAGCAAUCAAUCAAUCAGAUUCCAAACUCUCCACCAUGGCCAAGACCAAAGAGCUCUCCAAGGAUGUCAGGGACAAUAUUGUAGACCUACACAAGGCUGGAAUGGGCUACAAGACCAUCGCCAAGCAGCUUGGUGAGAAGGUGACAACAGUUGCAAAAAUGUAUGCACGCAUGACUCUAAGUCGCUUUGGAUAAAAGCGUCUGCUAAAUGGCUUAUUAUUAUUAUUAUUAAAUGGAAGAAACACAAAAUAACUGUCAAUCUCCCUCGGCCUGGGGCUCCAUGCAAGAUCUCACCUCGUGGAGUUGCAAUGAUCAUGAGAAUGGUGAGGAAUCAGCCCAGAACUACACGGGAGGAUCUUGUCAAUGAUCUCAAGGCAGCUGGGACCAUAGUCACCAAGAAAACAAUUGGUAACACACUACGCUGUGAAGGACUGACAUCCUGCAGUGCCCACAAGGUCCCCCUGCUCAAGAAAGCACAUAUACAUGCCCGUUUGAAGUUUGCCAAUGAACAUCUGAAUGAUUCAGAGGAGAACUGGGUGAAAGUGUUGUGGUCAGAUGAGACCAAAAUGGAGCUCUUUGGCAUCAACUCAACUCGCCGUGUUUGGAGGAGGAGGAAUGCUGCCUAUGACCCCAAGAACACCAUCCCCACCGUCAAACAUGGAGGUGGAAACAUUAUGCUUUGUGGGUGUUUUUCUGCUAAGGGGACAGGACAACUUCACCGCAUCAAAGGGACGAUGGACGGGGCCAUGUACCGUCAAAUUUGGGUGAGAACCUCUUUCCCUCAGCCAGGGCAUUGAAAAUGGGUUGUGGAUGGGUAUUCCAGCAUGGCAAUGACCCAAAACACACGGCCAAGGCAACAAAGGAGUGGCUCAAGAAGAAGCACAUUAAGGUCCUGGAGUGGCCUAGCCAGUCUCCAGACCUUAAUCCCAUAGAAAAUCUGUGGAGGGAGCUGAAGGUUUGAGUUGCCAAACGUCAGCCUCGAAACCUUAAUGACUUGGAGAAGAUCUCUGCAAAGAGGAGUGGGACAAAAUCCCUCCUAAGAUGUGUGCAAACCUGGUGGCCAACUACAAGAAACGUCUGACCUCUGUGAUUGCCAACAAGGGUUUUGCCACCAAGUACUAAGUCAUGUUUUGCAGAGGGGUCAAAUACUUAUUUCCCUCAUUAAAAUGCAAAUCAAUUUAUAACAUUUAUGACAUGCGUUUUUCUGGAUUUUGUUGUUGUUAUUCUGUCUCUCACUGUUCAAAUAAACCUACCAUUAAAAUUAUAGACUGAUCAUUUAUUUGUCAGUGGCCAAAUGAACAAAAUCAGCAGGGGAUCAAAUACUUUUUUCCCUCACUGUAUAUGGCAAUGGUCUAUUUGCAUAUAGGCCUACAGCAGCUCUGAUUGUUUAUGCCGCACCGGUCUGUGUGGCGUACGGGCUGAGUAGUGCUUGUCAAUGCAAUAGAAUCCUACUUCGAUGCAUUCUGCCUACAACAAAGUUUUCAUAGUUUGUUUUGUUUCGGAAUGUUGCAUUGAAAGGGGCUAAUAUUGCAUUGAUUCUAUCACAUUUGCCACAGUAAAGAGAAACAUUGAUAGUGUUAACAGGGAAAACUGUAGAACACUGGUCACUAACUUUUUCUGAGUCAAGAUCACUGAGUCAAAAUGCAAGCCGAGCAGUGGAGGCUGGGUGGGAGGACGGGCUCAUUGUAAUGGCUGGAAUGGAAUCAAUGGAAUGGUAUCAAACAGAUGGAAAUCACGUUUGAUUCCAUAAAUUCCAUUCCAGCCAUUGCUGUGAGCCCAUCCUCCUAUAGCUCCUCCCACCAGCCUCCUGAAGCUGAGAUCUACCACUCAGAUUUUUUUUUAAACACGACUUGUGGUCCUCUGUAGCUCAAUUGGUAGAGCAUGGCGCUUGUAACGCCAGGGUAGUGGGUUCAAUCCCCGGGACCACCCAUAUGUAAAUAUGUAUGCACACAUGACUGUAAGUCGCUUUGGAUAAAAGCGUCUGCUAAAUGGCAUAUUAUUAUUAUUAUUAUUAUUAUUAUUAUUAUUAUUAAAAAACGUAAGCCUGUGCAACAUUAACCAAUUAAAAACAGUACUGUAGCAAUGAGGUUUGUGCAGUAAGCUAUAGGCCCAAUACAUUAUCACCGCAUAUUGGCUUUGCUUGAAUUGCCCUGCCAAUACAUUGUUGUUCGGGCCAUAAAAAAAAAAAGUAGCAUUUCAAAAUUUGAGCUAGGCUUUAUGAUCACGCCGGUAAUAUAUCCGUUGUUGUAUUACUUGUGAAGCACAGCUGAGUGAGCAUACAUUUAAAUAAUGUGGGUUUUAUUUUUAUUUUACUGAUUGUGCCUGCAUCUGAUGGUCAGUCUCAGCGGAGGGAGGGAGCAGCAGACUGAGGGUCCGCCUCUCAGCAUCCCUCCGCUCUCCCUUUCCUCUGCUUACAAUGACCAAAAAGGGACACUGUCUUCCAGCUGAUGGCGAAACUCGAGUCACACCAAAUUAUUUCUGCCUCAUGUACAAAUUCAUGUUCUUACUCCUAUGAACAGAGAAAGUAAAAUAUCCCUUGAUAUAAAAAAAAAAGACCCAAACCGCUAAUAAUAACAACGCAAGCCUAUAGAUACACUUUCCUACUCAUUCAUUACUGCUGCAGUGCUUGUUGUAGUGCUGAGUGGAAAUAGGAAGAAUGCACAUUUUAUGGCUUAUGAAAGUGUUGAAUACAAAUUGUUGACAGUGCUGAGUAAGAACUUAAACAUGAACUCACUCAUAAAAACAGCAUCUCUUUGCUGUAUUCGUUGACAGUCUCUCUAGCCAUGGUUUUAAACAGUAUCAACUUUGCUGUAGCUUUCUUUUAAUACCUGCUACGUUACUGCAGACACGGUCAUCUGAGCCAUCCGAUUGGCCAGUGGGAAGGCAGAGUUUAUGCCUUCAGACACAUGAAAUGGUUCAAAAUGGCAACAGUUCGACUAUCCGGCACGCAGGGCAGCUGAAUCGGGGGCACCUACUGGCAACAGCCCGAGACUAAUAAAUAAAAUAGGAACACAAGGCUUUAUCGUUGGGCUUUUUACAGAAAUGUUUGGCGAUCGACUUGGUGGUUUACCCAAUACAUUACUGGGAGCUUAUAUAGAGAGGGUGAGACUGUUUUUAUUUGUAUAGCCUACAGUUUACUCGCCGUUAGUCAGCACCUCUUCGAACUUUUUGGGGUUUGCGCCAGCUCAUGCUUUUCAAAAGAUAAAUACACACCCCAUGCCAGUGAUUUGUGUAGAGACAACUGUAUGCCUCAACACCAUGCAUAUAGGUGGAUCUACACAAUGAAUGGCCUGGGAUGAGGACUUAAAGGGAUAGUUCACACACAUUCUACAUUUACACAUUGGUUUCCUUACCCUGUAAGCAGUCUAUGAAUGAGAUAAGACAGCAAUCCAUGCAUGGGUUUUGUUUACCUGGUCACUGUCUCCAACUUUGUGAAUAUCCCUGAUUUUAUUAUAUUUUUUUGCAUUUAAUUUCCAAAUCAUCUUAAAGUAACUUUAUUGAGCUAUACAAUCAAUUUUUUACACUUUGGGAUGAUUUGGACAUGGAACGUGAAAUAGCUUAUCGGAGAUAUCCACUUGCAUUGGUUUUGUGCUAUAAAUGCUAAACAAAAUCAAAACAUGGAUUGCUUAAAGGGAAAGGAAACCAAUGUAAUUUGGGUGAACUAUCCCCAUGAGACUACAUUUGAGGUAUGAAAACAUCUGACCAACUUAAAAAUAUUUUAUUGUAAUGCUCCUUUAGGGGUUGUGUAAUAAUGUAGUAGUCUAAUAAACAGAACAAUCUGAUUAAUCUAAACGUCUUGUUAUUAAGAUUGGCAGAUAAGGAAAGAAAAAGGGCUGCAUAAAGAGCAACUGGACAGAAAUCCAGAGCUGCUUGAGGAGUACCGUUCUCAUUACGUUACAGUAAUGAGAACUGACUAAAAUGAAAAUAUACUUCAUCAAAUUUUAUUUUUUUAUAUGAUUUUUCGUUGUUGUAAUAACUCUCCUGUAUCUUUAGGCAAUUAAAACAAUUUGCAACAUUUUCACCAUGCAUUGUUGUUUUUUUUCUUCUAACUUUACAAGCAUUACGGUAAUGAGAUUUAUUUUGUGCGUGGUCUUGGAAAAUGUGUAAAAAAAAUUUUUUAUCUGAUGAUAAAUUUAACAUAGACAAUAAUUUGAGAUGGUAUUUGAUCCAUUACAAAAUAAAAAAUGUUUUGUAUUUUCAAAAUUGACCAAGAGUAAUACCAAGUUAGCAAGAAUCACCCAGCUGUGUACCGAACGACACCCUAUUCCCUACAUUGUGCAGUACUCAGUAGUAUACUACAGUGGGGAAAAAAAGUAUUUAGUCAGCCACCAAUUGUGCAAGUUCUCCCACUUAAAAAGAUGAGAGGCCUGUAAUUUUCAUCAUAGGUACACGUCAACUAUGACAGACAAAAUGAGAGAGAGAAAAAUCCAGAAAAUCACAUUGUAGGAUUUUUAAUGAAUUUAUUUGCAAAUUAUGGUGGAAAAUAAGUAUUUGGUCAAUAACAAAAGUUUCUCAAUACUUUGUUAUAUACCCUUUGUUGGCAAUGACACAGGUCAAACGUUUUCUGUAAGUCUUCACAAGGUUUUCACACACUGUUGCUGGUAUUUUGGCCAUUCCUCCAUGCAGAUCUCCUCUAGAGCAGUGAUGUUUUGGGGCUAUCGCUGGGCAACACAGACUUUCAACUCCCUCCAAAGAUUUUCUAUGGGGUUGAGAUCUAGAGACUGGCUAGGCCACUCCAGGACCUUGAAAUGCUUCUUACGAAGCCACUCCUUCGUUGCCCGGGCGGUGUGUUUGGGAUCAUUGUCAUGCUGAAAGACCCAGCCACGUUUCAUCUUCAAUGCCCUUGCUGAUGGAAGGAGGUUUUCACUCAAAAUCUCACGAUACAUGGCCCCAUUCAUUCUUUCCUUUACACGGAUCAGUCGUCCUGGUCCCUUUGCAGAAAAAACAGCCCCAAAGCAUGAUGUUUCCACCCCCAUGCUUCACAGUAGGUAUGGUGUUCUUUGGAUGCAACUCAGCAUUCUUUGUCCUCCAAACACGACGAGUUGAGUUUUUACCAAAAAGUUCUAUUUUGGUUUCAUCUGACCAUAUGACAUUCUCCCAAUACUCUUCUGGAUCAUCCAAAUGCACUCUAGCAAACUUCAGACGGGCCUGGACAUGUACUGGCUUAAGCAGGGGGACACGUCUGGCACUGCAGGAUUUGAGUCCCUGGCGGCGUAGUGUGUUACUGAUGGUAGGCUUUGUUACUUUGGUCCCAGCUCUCUGCAGGUCAUUCACUAGGUCCCCCCGUGUGGUUCUGGGAUUUUUGCUCACCGUUCUUGUGAUCAUUUUGACCCCACGGGGUGAGAUCUUUCGUGGAGCCCCAGAUCGAGGGAGAUUAUCAGUGGUCUUGUAUGUCUUCCAUUUCCUCAUAAUUGCUCCCACAGUUGAUUUCUUCAAACCAAGCUGCUUACCUAUUGCAGAUUCAGUCUUCCCAGCCUGGUGCAGGUCUACAAUUUUGUUUCUGGUAUCCUUUGACAGCUCUUUGGUCUUGGCCAUAGUGGAGUUUGGAGUGUGACUGUUUGAGGUUGUGGACAGGUGUCUUUUAUACUGAUAACAAGUUCAAACAGGUGCCAUUAAUACAGGUAACGAGUGGAGGACAGAGGAGCCUAUUAAAGAAGUUACAGGUCUGUGAGAGACAGAAACUUGCUUGUUUGUAGGUGACCAAAUACUUAUUAUCCACCAUAAUUAGCAAAUAAAUUCAUAAAAAAUCCUACAAUGUGAUUUUCUGGAUUUUUUUCUCAAUUUGUCUGUCAUAGUUGACGUGUACCUAUGAUGAAAAUUACAGGCCUCUCUCAUCUUUUUAAGUAGGAGAACUUGCACAAUUGGUGGCUGACUAAAUACUUUUUCCCCCCCACUGUAUAUAGGGAAUAGGGUGUCAUUUGGGAUAUAGGGCUCCAGUCAAAAGUUGUGCACUAUAUAUACACUACCGUUCAAAAGUUUGGGGUCACUUAGAAAUGUCCUUGUUUUCAAAAGAAAAGCAAUUUUUCUGUCCAUUUUAAAAUUAAAAUAAAUACAGUGUAGACAUUGUUCAUGUUGUAAAUGGCUGUUGUAGCUGGAAACGGCUGAUUUUUUUUAUGGAAUAUCUACAUAGGCGUACAGAGGCCCAUUAUCAGCAACCAUCAUUCCUGUGUUCCAAUGGCACUUUGUUUGCUAAUCCAAGUUUAUCAUUUUUGAAAGGCUAAUCAGCAAGACUUUCAGCUCCCUCCAAAGAUUUUCUAUUGGGUUCAGGUCUGGAGACUGGCUAUGCCACUCCAGGACCUUGAGAUGCUUCUUAAGGAGCCACUCCUUAGUUGCCCUGGCUGUGUGUUUCGGGUCGUUGUCAUGCUGGAAGACCCAGCCACGACCCAUCUUCAAUGCUCUUACUGAGGGAAGGAGGUUGUUGGCCAAGAUCUCGCGAUACAUGGCCCCAUCCAUCCUCCCCUCAAUACGGUGCAGUCGUCCUGUCCCCUUUGCAGAGAAGCAUCCCCAAAGAAUGAUGUUUCUACCUCCAUGCUUCACGGUUGGGAUGGUGUUCUUGGGGUUGUACUCAUCCUUCUUCUUCCUCCAAACACGGCGAGUGGAGUUUAGACCAAAAAGCUCUAUUUUUGUCUCAUCAGACCACAUGACCUUCUCCCAUUCCUCCUCUGGAUCAUCCAGAUGGUCAUUGGCAAACUUCAGACGGGCCUGGACAUGCGCUGGCUUGAGCAGCGGGACCUUGCGUGCGCUGCAUGAUUUUAAUCCAUGACGGCGUAGUGUGUUACUAAUGGUUUUCUUUGAGACUGUGGUCCCAGCUCUCUUCAGGUCAUUGACCAGGUCCUGCCGUGUUGUUCUCGGCUGAUCCCUCACCUUCCUCAUGAUCAUUGAUGCCCCACGAGGUGAGAUCUUGCAUGAAGCCCCAGACCGAGGGUGAUUGACCAUCAUCUUGAACUUCUUCCAUUUUCUAAUAAUUGCGCCAACAGUUGUUGCCUUCUCACCAAGAUGCUUGCCUAUUGUCCUGUAGCCCAUCCCAGCCUUGUGCAGGUCUACAAUUUUAUCCCUGAUGUCCUUACACAGCUCUCUGGUCUUGGCCAUUGUGGAGACGUUGGAGUCUGUUUGAUUGAGUGUGUGGACAGGUGUCUUUUAUACAGGUAAAGAGUUCAAACAGGUGCAGUUAAUACAGGUAAUGAGUGGAGAACAGGAGCGCUUCUUAAAGAAAAACUAACAGGUCUGUGAGAGCCGGAAUUCUUACUGGUUGGUAGGUGAUCAAAUACUUAUGUCAUGCAAUAAAAAGCAAACUAAUUACUUAAAAAUCAUACAAUGUGAUUUUCUGGAUUUUUGUUUUAGAUUCCGUCUCUCACAGUUGAAGUGUACCUAUGAUAAGAAUUACAGACCUCUACAUGCUUUCUAAGUAGGAAAACCUGCAAAAUCGGCAGUGUAUCAAAUACUUGUUCUCCCCACUGUGUGUAUAUAUAUAUAUAUAUAGUAUAUAUAUAUAUAUAUAGAAGAAAUGAUAUAUAUAGAAUAUUACAAACCAUACCACACAACACACACAUACACACACAUAAACAACACACACACACACCACACACACACACCACCCAGUGGGGAAAAAAGUAUUUAGUCAGCCACCAAUUGUGCAAGUUCUCCCACUUAAAAAGAUGAGAGAGGCCUGUAAUUUUCAUCAUAGGUACACGUCAACUAUGACAGACAAAUUGAGAAAAACAAAUCCAGAAAAUCACAUUGUAGGAUUUUUUAGAAUUAUUUGCAAAUUAUGGUGGGAAAAUAAGUAUUUGGUCACCUACAAACAAGCAAGAUUUCUGGCUCUCACAGACCUGUAACUUCUUCUUUAAGAAGGGCUCCUCUGUCCUCCACUUCGUUACCUGUAUUAAUGGCACCUGUUUGAACUUGUUAUCAGUAUAAAAGACACCUGUCCACAACCUCAAACAGUCACACUCCAAACUCUACUAUGGCCAAGACCAAAGAGCUGUCAAAGGACACCAGAAACAAAAUUGUAGACCUGCACCAGGCUGGGAAGACUGAAUCUGCAAUAGGUAAGCAGCUUGGUUUGAAGAAAUCAACUGUGGGAGCAAUUAUUAGGAAAUGGAAGACUGAUAAUCUCCCUCGAUCUGGGGCUCCACGCAAGAUCUCACCCCGUGGGGUCAAAAUGAUCACAAGAACGGUGAGCAAAAAUCCCAGAACCACAUGGGGGGACCUAGUGAAUGACCUGCAGAGAGCUGGGACCAAAGUAACAAAGCCUACCAUCAGUAACACACUACGCCGCCAGGGACUCAAAUCCUGCAGUGCAAGACGUGUCCCCCUGCUUAAGCCAGUACAUGUCCAGGCCCGUCUGAAGUUUGCUAGAGUGCAUUUGGAUGAUCCAGAAGAGGAUUGGGAGAAUGUCAUAUGGUCAGAUGAAACCAAAAUAGAACUUUUUGGUAAAAACUCAACUCGUCGUGUUUGGAGGACAAAGAAUGCUGAGUUGCAUCCAAAGAACACCAUACCUACUGUGAAGCAUGGGGGUGGAAACAAAAUGCUUUGGGGCUGUUUUUCUGCAAAGGGACCAGGACGACUGAUCCGUGUAAAGGAAAGAAUGAAUGGGGCCAUGUAUCAUGAGAUUUUGAGUGAAAACCUCCUUCCAUCAGCAAGAGCAUUGAAGAUGAAACGUGGCUGGGUCUUUCAGCAUGACAAUGAUCCCAAACACACCGCCCGGGCAACGAAGGAGUGGCUUCGUAAGAAGCAUUUAAAGGUCCUGGAGUGGCCUAGCCAGUCUCCAGAUCUCAACCCCAUAGAAAAUAUUUGGAGGGAGUUGAAAGUCUGUGUUGCCCAGCGACAGCCCCAAAACAUCACUGCUCUAGAGGAGAUCUGCAUGGAGGAAUGGGCCAAAAUACCAGCAACAGUGUGUGAAAACCUUGUGAAGACUUACAGAAAACGUUUGACCUGUGUCAUUGCCAACAAAGGGUAUAUAACAAAGUAUUGAGAAACUUUUGUUAUUGACCAAAUACUUAUUUUCCAACAUAAUUUGCAAAUAAAUUCAUUAAAAAUCCUACAAUGUGAUUUUCUGGAAUAUUUUUUCUCAUUUUGUCUGUCAUAGUUGACGUGUACAUAUGAUAAAAUUACAGGCCUCUCUCAUCUUUUUAAGUGGAAGAACUUGCACAAUUGGUGGCUGACUAAAUACUUUUUUCCCCCACUGUGUGUAUAUAUAUAUAUAUAUAUACACUUUUUUUUUUAGGGAAUAGGGUGCCAUUUGGGAUGUAGGCUAAAACAGUUCCUCAAACGGAAAUGUCUGCGACGAUUUCUUCCACACAGGUGGCACAGAUGGUCUCUUCCGCUUUCCUCCAUCUUAGCUCAUAAUCACAUCCCUAGGGUCUUUACAUUUAAUGUGACCUGUCUGUCUGUCAUGCAUACUGUAGAGUGUUUAUUUUAGAAGGAUGAUGAGCUAAUGUGUCAAAUCAUCUUGAUUUGUCUGCAGGUCUGGACUGUAAGACACUGUACAGGACACCUCUCGCAUCCGCCUCAGAUGGCCCAACACAGAGACUGAGUGGGGGUGAGUUAUUAUUGUUAUCACGCUUCAAUUGUAUUUGUUCAGUUAGAAUCAGUAGUUUAAUAGUGAUUAUUAUUUAUUUAUGUAUCAUUAAAUCAAAUCAAAUCAAAUUUUAUUGGCCACAUGCGCUGAAUACAACAGGUGCAGACAUUACAGUGAAAUGCUUACUUACAGCCCUUAACCAACAGUGCAUUUAUUUUUAAUAAAAAAGUAAAAAUAAAACAACAACAAAAAAAGUGUUGAGAAAAAAAGAGCAGAAGUAAAAUAAAAUAACAGUAGGAAGGCUAUAUAUACAGGGGGGUACCGGUGCAGAGUCAAUGUGCGGGUGCACCGGCUAGUUGAGGUAGUUGAAGUAAUAUGUACAUGUGGGCAGAGUUAAAGUGACUAUGCAUAAAUAAUUAACAGAGUAGCAGCAGCGUAAAAGGAUGGGGUGGGGGGGCAGUGCAAAUAGUCCGGGUAGCCAUGAUUAGCUGUUCAGGAGUCUUAUGGCUUGGGGGUAGAAGCUGUUGAGAAGUCUUUUGGACCUAGACUUGGCACUCUGGUACCGCUUGCCGUGCGGUAGCAGAGAGAACAGUCUAUGACUAGUGUGGCUGGAGUCUUUGACAAUUUUGAGGGCUUUCCUCUGACACCGCCUGGUAUAGAGGUCCUGGAUGGCAGGAAGCUUGGCCCCAGUGAUGUACUGGGCCGUACGCACUACCCUCUGUAGUGCCUUGCGGUCGGAGGCCGAGCAGUUGCCAUACCAGGCGGUGAUGCAACCAGUCAGGAUGCUCUCGAUGGUGCAGCUGUAUAAUUUUUUGAGGAUCUGAGGACCCAUGCCAAAUCUUUUCAGUCUCCUGUGGGGGAAUAGGCUUUGCCGUGCCCUCUUCACGACUGUCUUGGUGUGUUUGGACCAUGAUAGUUUGUUGGUGAUGUGGGCACCAAGGAACUUGAAGCUCUCAUCCUGUUCCACUACAGCCCCGUCGAUGAGAAUGGGGGCGUGCUCAGUCCUCUUUUUUUUCCCUGUAGUCCACAAUCAUCUCCUUUGUCUUGGUCACGUUGAGGGAGAGGUUGUUGUCCUGGCACCACACGGCCAGGUCUCUGACCUCCUCCCUAUAGGCUGUCUCAUCGUUAAUCCUUGAAAUUAAGUGUUUUGACUGACUGUUACAUUCGUGGGGGUGAGUUAUCUUAUCACACUAACUAUAGAAGAUGGCAGUUUUAUAUCCAAUAUUUGUGAGGGUAUUUGUGGUAACAACACUUUCUUUGUACAACUUGUAUAAAUAAUACAUGUUCAUACUUUUCUCACACCCAAAGUGAAUGACUGGCUACAACUUGCUAGUAUCCUAUAUAAAUGUAUGAAUAUCAUGCAGGUAAUGUGUUCAUAAUGCUCCCAAUGCUUUCUAAGGAAUUUCCAUGUGACAAAUCUGAUUGAGUUAAAUGCAUUUGGCCGGACCCACUGACUGUUUCUCUCUCUCUCUUUCUCUUUCUUCGUUCCCCAGAGGUGGGGCCGGGUAGUGACGUGGGCGCCCUGUCGGAGUGUUUGCUCCGCUACCUGCGGGAACUACCAUCCCCCGUCAUCCCCCCCAUUGUUUACCCAGACCUGCAGGCUGCGCUGCAGCAGGGCGCCGCAGGUACGUGCCACAUUUCACUCACCCCUGCUUGUGCGCAACCAGUGCCCCCCCCCGACGAAACAGACCCAAGCUAUAGCAAGUAACAGAAUCGCAUGAAGCCGAACGAGCAAACAGAUAAAUUGUGUGGCGAGUCAAUCAUGUGCCCCCUCCUGCCUGAGAGAAUAGGCCCAGUGUGGAGUGCUGGGGAUGAGCUAGUCUCAGGCAUCCCAGAAAUGUUGUAACUUAUAUUUCUACCCUGGUCCCUGGUGAUGUCAGGGAUGGUGUGUGUGCCUGCAUGCCUGUCUGCAUAUGAGAGAAAGAGAAGGGGGUGUUUGUGUGUGUGCUGAGAGAGUUGCUGUUUGUGUGUGUGCGUAUGGGGCUGCCGUAACACGCGUGGUCUCCCUCCUCCCACAGACUGGUCCAAGGCUGUGGCGACGAGCAGCAGUGUAGGCAGGGAUCUGAGCCUGGUCCUGGAGAGGGCCACCAACAUACCCCUGCACCACAGCCUCACCCUGCAAUACCUGCUCACACACCUGGGCAAGGUGGGCCAGAGCUCCCAGCUCAACGGCCUGGACCCUCACGCCCUGGGCCUGGUCUUUGGGCCGCUGCUGAUCCGGCCCAGCUCUGCCACUAGGUGAGUAGGAGAAUCCCUAAUCUGACAUAAGAAUAAAGGAAGUUGCACACUGUAAACAAUGCCUAAAAAACUUCAACAUUCUUAAGUUGUUUUUUGAUUUUACAAUGUUAUAAAGCCACUUUCACACCACCCAGACAAACACCAAAAAACCGAGUUGGGUCAGUGUACGCCGCUCUUCUGUGUUGGUUGGCGUUUGUUGUCCAAUUCGGCAUGUUCAAUCAGAGUUUGGUGGUGUGUGCGGUGUGCAAGCAGCUUAAUGGAUUGCUUAUUUUUAGGUGCUUUUCACUAGGUCUCAAAGUGCUUUACAUUGUAUUGGGGUAACUACUGUAACAUCAAACCAUUGUGUAGUUGCACCUACCUGGGUAAUAAACAGCAGCCAUUUUGUGUCAGAUUGCCGAGUUACCACAUAGUUAGGGAAUAUCCUACCACAUAGCCAGCGAUAUUCUCUUGAGACAGACAAGAGAGCUCUAACGUCACUGGGUGAGUGAAAGGAUGUGAUUGUUAGAUCUCUCUCCAUUGUGCGACAGAGGAAAUCCAUAAGGCCAAGUGCUGUUACUACAGAUCGCAGUGGAGCGCUUUUCCUCUCCCUCCACAGCCCCAUGUGUUUCAGUGACCUGCUGUUGACUGAACAUCUUAUGACCAUGUGUCUGACUCCCUGCUGUUGUUGAUUGACAGGUGGGAGGUGGGGGAGGAGUUCCCUGCACUGGCACUGGAGAGGCUGCUGAUGGAGAUGGCCAUGGGACAGGAAGUCCUGCACCCAGGUAUUGAUGGAUAGAUGCAGUGCUUCAAAAUGGAGGGCUCCAUAGAAAUUAAUAUAGAUGCUAGAAUGGAUGGAAAUAGUGUUUUUAGAAUGGAAUGUAUUUACGGUUGACUCAACUUGUUUGCAAUUGUUUUGCAAUGGUAGUUUGCAAUUGCUUGGUAAUUGAAUAAGUUAGUGCUGAUUUGUACAGACUGAUAACAUUUUCCCUGACGAAAGUAAUUAUUCUAUUAAUCAACUGUGAUGCUUGUCCAAACCUUUCCUAACUAAUGGGUGUCACUGUUUGUUUGUUUGUAGCUCUGCCAGCCAUGCCAGUAAAGGUCAAAACUACAACUCCAGCCAUGACUGAGACCAACAUACUGACUGAUUCUGAGUGGUACUGGGGGGAAAUCUCCAGGUAAAGAGCCAUUCAUGUAACGAUAGCAUUUCUACAUCAACAAAAUAGUAGGCCUAUAGUAUAAGAUUAUAGUACUUAUUUAUCCAGUAACUACAUUUUUGUGUUGAUUAAAACUGGAUCAUAGUAAACAUUAUUGUGGAUUUUACUAUAGGAUACUUGUUGUGGAUUGUAGUAUAGGAUAUUUAAUUUGUAUUGUGAAGGAUGUGGUGCUUUCAUGAAUUCACAUUUGCCUCUAACUGUGCCGUUGUGUUCCCAGGGAGGAGGUGAACGAGAAGAUGAGAGACACCCCUGACGGGACGUUCAUGGUCCGCGACGCCUCCAGCAAACUGGAGGGAGAGUACACACUGACCCUCAGGUGAGAGGCUGCCCCCAGUGCAUUCGGAAAGUAUUCAGACCCCUUGACUUUUUCCACAUUUUGUUACAUUACAGCCUCAUUCUGACAUGGAUUAAAUACACAAUACCCCAUAAUGACAAAGCAAAAACAGGUUUUUAGAAAUGUUUGCACAUUUUAUAAAAAAUAAAAAAACUGAUAUCACAUUUAUAUAAGUAUUCAGACCCUUUACUCAGUACUUUGUUGAAGCACCUUUGGCAGCGAAUUACAGCCUCGAGUCUUCUUGGGUAUGACGCUACAAGCUUGGCACACCUGUAUUUGGGGAGUUUCUCCCAUUCUUCUCUGCAGAUCCUCUCUAGCUCUGUCAGGUUGGAUGGGGAGUGUCGCCGCACAGCUAUUUUCAGGUCUCUCCAGAGAUGUUUGAUCAGGUUCAAGUCUGGGCUCUGGCUGGGCCACUCAAGGACAUUCAGAGACUUGUCCCAAAGCCACACCUGCGUUGUCUUGGCUGUGUGCUUAGGGUCGUUGUCCUGUUGGAAGGUGGACCUUCGUCCCAGUCUGAGGUCCUGUGCGCUCUGGAGCAGGUUUUCAUCAAGGAUCUCUCUAUACUUUGCUCCGUUCAUCUGUCCCUCGAUCCUGACUAAUCUCCCAGUCCCUGCCGCUGAAAAACAUCCCCUCAGCAUGAUGCUGCCACCACCAUGAUUCACCGUAGGGAUGGUGCCAGGUUUCCACCAGACGUGACGCUUGGCAUUCAGGCCAAAGAGUUCAAUCUUGGUUUCGUAAGACCAAAUAAUCUUGUUUCUCAUGGUCUGAGAGUACUGUAGGUGUCUUUUGGCAAACUCCAAGGGGGCUGUCAUGUCCCUUUUACUGAGGAGUGGCUUCCGUCUGGCCACUGUACCAUAAAGGCCUGAUUGGUGGAAUGCUGCAGAGAUGGUUGUCCUUCUGGAAGGUUCUCCCAUCUCCACAGAGGAACUCUGGACUUCUGUCAGAGUGACCACCAGGUUUUUGGUCACCUCCCUGACCAAGGCCCUUCUCCCCUGAUUGCUCAGUUUGGCCGGGUGGCCAGCUCUAGGAAGAGUAUUGGUGGCUCCAAACUUCUUCCAUUUAAGUAUGAUUGAGGCCACUCUGUUCUUGGGGACCUUCAAUGCUGCAGACAUUUUUUGGUACCCUUCCCCAGAUCUGUGCCUCGACACAAUCCUGUCUCGGAACUCUACGGACAAUUCCUUCGACCUCAUGGCUUGGUUUUUGCUCUGACAUGCACUGUCAACUGUGGGACCUUAUAUAGACAGGUGUGUGCCUUUCCAAAUCAUGUCCAAUCAAUUGAAUUUACCACAGGUUGACUACAAUCAAGUUGUAGAAACAUCUCAAGGAUGAUCAAUGGAAACAGGAUACACCUGAGCUCAAUUUCGAGUCUCAUAGCAAAGGGUCUGAAUACUUAUGUAAAUAAGGUAUUUCUGUUUUAUUUAUUUGAUAAAUUAGCAAACAUUUCUAAACCUGUUUUCGCUUUGUCAUUAUGGGGUAUUGUGUGUAGAUUGAGGGGAAAAAACUAUUUAAUCAAUUUUAGAAUAAGGCUGUAACGUAACAAAAUGUGGAAAAAGGGAAGGGGUCUGAAUACUUUCAGAAUGCACUGUAUAGAUGUUAUGUAAAGAGCAGAGGACUAUUAACAUUACCAUUCCUGAACCUCUGUGAAUAGUUGAUUCUGUGUAUGACUUUUUAAUCUCCUUUUUGAAUGUGGAAUGUUCGUUUACUAUUGCGAUACUUGGGACCCUUGUAGCUCAGUUGGUAGAACAUGCAACGCCAGGGUUGUGGGUUCGAUUCCCACGGGGGACCGGUACGAAAAUGUAUGCACUCAUUACUGUAAGUCACUCUGGAUAAGAGUGUCUGUUAAAUUACAAAAAAAUGUAAAUGUAAAAUGUCUUGGGUUCACAUUUGAAAAAUACCAAAUAAUUAAAAGAAUGCUACAGAAUGGAUGUUAUGGAAAGAACUAGUCACUUUCUAAAGAACCUAAAAGACUAGUUUCUCAACCGCUCCCCAACCGCUCCCCAAUCGUUCCCCAAUCGUUCCACAGGAAAGGUGGAAACAACAAGCUGAUCAAGGUGUGCCACCGGGGAGGUCGCUAUGGAUUCUCGGAGCCUCUCACCUUCGUCACGGUGGUGGAGCUCAUCAACCACUACCGCCAUGAGUCCCUGGCCCAGUACAACGCCAAGCUUGACACCCGGCUACUCUACCCUGUCUCCAAAUACCAGCAGGUACAUACACUACAUGUACAACAACUGAACAACAUACAAUUGUCCAUCGAAAGGAACAUUUUAUUUUUGCUGGCCCACCUCCUCUUGAGGCUCCAACCACCCCAACACCCUCCUGUAAUUGAUACUAUGGUCAUAUUUGUGACAUUUGUGAGGGGUUGCCAUUUAGUCACCUCCAGUUCCAGGAUAAUACAAUGAAGUUAGAGUGCAAGUUGGAAUGUCCUUUUCAUGGAACUUUUGAUGCUAAAAUUGAGAAAAUAUAGUUCCUGCUGAAUUUGUAUUGCUGUCUUCCGUCCUGAGUGGCUGCUUGGUGAGUAUUUUGACUGACUGUUGGCUGACGUCAGAACCUUUAUAUUUAGAGAGUUAGGACAUUGAGGUUUCUGCAUUAUGAUGCAUUUACAUGACACUACAUUCCAUGGCAGCCAUGUUAGCUCCCCAUGGGCAAUGUUGACCAAUAGAAGUUCUCAGAAUUCUUAACAGUACUAUGCUCAAGAUUCUCGUCAUGAAUGGAUAAAUAGAAUGCUCAAGGGCGCUAACAUGGCGUCCUCUAAAUAUAUGGCUCUGGCUAACGUUUCUCCUCAGGAGCAGCUUGUGAAAGAGGACAGCACUGAGGCGGUGGGCGAGCAGCUGAAGGUGUACCACGAGCAGUACCAGGAGAAGAGCUGGGAGUACGAUGUGCUCUACGAGGAGUACACCCGUACCUCACAGGUACUAUACUGUAGGGAUACUAUACUGUAUAGAGACUACUGGUCCACACUUCUGACUUCUGGACCACUCCUCUCUCAAGCUCUGUCCCAAAACAAUUAUUCUUGUAUUCGUCUUUUUUGUGUCCUUCUUGUAUCCUUGCUCUGUAACCAAUGAUGUGAAGGAACUGGUGAAAACGGCAUGAUGGAAAAUCACAUGCCUCCUAACUGUCAUGAGGGGAUCCCCUGUGUGUCUCUGUCAGGAGCUCCAGAUGAAGCGCACGGCCAUCGAGGCCUUCAACGAGACCAUCAAGAUCUUCGAGGAGCAGUGCGAGACUCAGGAGCGCUACAGCAAAGAGACCAUUGAGAAGUUCCGACGUGAAGGCAACGACAAGGAGAUCCAGAAGUAAGCAUUUAUGUAUUUUAAGCCAAUUUUAAAAGUAUUCAUCCUCCUUGGCAUUUUUCAUAUUUUGUUGCAUUACAACCUGUAAUUUAAAUGGAUUUUUAUUUGGAUUUCAUGUAAUGGAUAUACACAAAAUAGUCCAAAUUGGUGAAGUGAAAUGAAAAACAUAACUUGUUUCAAAAAAUUCUACAAAAUAAAUAACGGAAAAGUGGUGCGUGCACAUGUAUUCACCCCCUUUGCUAUGAAGCCCCUAAAUAAGAUCUGAUGCAACCAAUUACCUUCAGAUGUCACAUAAUUAGUUAAAUAAAGUCCACCUGUGUGCAAUCUAAGUGUCACAUGAUCUGUCACAUGAUCUCAGUAUAUAUACACCUGUUCUGAAAGGCCCCAGAGUCUGCAACACCACUAAGCAAGUGGCACCAUGAAGACCAAGGAGCUCUCCAAACAGGUCAGGGACAAAGUUGUGGAGAAGUACAGAUCAGGGUUGGGUUAUAAAAAAAUAUCCGAAACUUUGAACAUCCUACGGAGCACCAUUUUUAAAUCCAUUAUUAAAAAAUGGAAAGAAUAUGGCACAACAAACCUGCCAAGAGAGGGCCGCCCACCAAAACUCACGGACCAGGCAAGGAGGGUAUUAAUCAGAGAGGCAACAAAGAGACCAAAGAUAACCCUGAAGGAGCAGCAAAGCUCCACAGCGGAGAUUGGAGUAUCUGUCCAUAGGACCACUUUAAACCGUACACUCCACAGAGCUGGGCUUUACGGAAGAGUAGCCAGGAAAAAAAGCCAUUACUUAAAGAAAAGAAAUGAGCAAACACGUUUGGUUUCCCCAAAAGGCAUGUGGGAGACUCCCCAAACAUAUGGAAGAAGGUACAGUGAGGGAAAAAAGUAUUUGAUCCCCUGCUGAUUUUGUACGUUUGCCCACUGACAAAGAAAUGAUCAGUCUAGAAUUUUAAUGGUAGGUUUAUUUGAACAGUGAGAGACAGAAUAACAACAAAAAAAUCCAGAAAAUCUAAUGUCAAAAAUGUUAUAAAUUGAUUUGCAUUUUAAUGAGGGACAUAAAUAUUUGACCCCCUCUCAAUCAGAAAGAUUUCUGGCUCCCAGGUGUCUUUUAUACAGGUAACGAGCUGAGAUUAGGAGCACACUCUUAAAGGGAGUGCUCCUAAUCUCAGCUUGUUACCUGUAUAAAAGACACCUGUCCACAGAAGCAAUCAAUCAAUCAGAUUCCAAACUCUCCACCAUGGCCAAGACCAAAGAGCUCUCCAAGGAUGUCAGGGACAAUAUUGUAGACCUACACAAGGCUGGAAUGGGCUACAAGACCAUCGCCAAGCAGCUUGGUGAGAAGGUGACAACAGUUGGUGCGAUUAUUCGCAAAUGGAAGAAACACAAAAGCACUGUCAAUCUCCCUUGGCCUGGGGCUCCAUGCAAGAUCUCACCUCGUGGAGUUGCAAUGAUCAUGAGAACGGUGAGGAAUCAGCCCAGAACUACAUGGGAGGAUCUUGUCAAUGAUCUCAAGGCAGCUGGGACCAUAGUCACCAAGAAAACAAUUGGUAACACACUACGCCAUGAAGGACUGAAAUCCUGCAGCGCCCGCAAGGUCCCCCUGUUCAAGAAAGCACAUAUACAUGCCCGUCUGAAGUUUGCCAAUGAACAUCUGAAUGAUUCAGAGGAGAACUGGGUGAAAGUGUUGCGGUCAGAUGAGACCAAAAUGGAGCUCUUUGGCAUCAACUCAACUCGCCGUGUUUGGAGGAGGAGGAAUGCUGCCUAUGACCCCAAGAACACCAUCCCCACCGUCAAACAUGGAGGUGGAAACAUUAUGCUUUGGGGGUGUUUCUCUGCUAAGGGGACAGGACAACUUCACCGCAUCAAAGGGACGAUGGACGGUGCCAUGUACCGUCAAAUCUUGGGUGAGAACCUCCUUCCCUCAGCCAGGGCAUUGAAAAUGGCUCAUGAAUGGGUAUUCCAGCAUGACAAUGACCCAAAACACACGGCCAAGGCAACAAAGGAGUGGCUCAAGAAGAAGCACAUUAAGGUCCUGGAGUGGCCUAGCCAGUCUCCAGACCUUAAUCCCAUAGAAAAUCUGUGGAGGGAGCUGAAGGUUCGAGUUGCCAAACGUCAGGCUCGAAACCUUAAUGACUUGGAGAAGAUCUGCAAAGAGGAGUGGGACAAAAUCCCUCCUGAGAUGUGUACAAACCUGGUGGCCAACUACAAGAAACAUCUGACCUCUGUGAUUGCCAACAAGGGUUUUGCCACCAAGUACUAAGUCAUGUUUUGCAGAGGGGUCAAAUACUUAUUUCCCUCAUUAAAAUGCAAAUCUAUUUAUAACAUUUUUGACAUGCGUUUUUCUGGAUUUUUUUGUUGUUAUUCUGUCUCUCACUGUUCAAAUAAACCUACCAUUAAAAUUAUAGACUGAUCAUGUCUUUGUCAGUGGGCAAACGUACAAAAUCAGCAGGGGAUCAAAUACUUUUUUCCCUCACUGUACUCUGCUCAGAUGAGACUAAAUUCAGCUUUUUGGCCAUCAAGGAAAAUGCUAUGUCUUGGGCAAACCCAACACCUCUCAUCACCCCAAGAACACCAUCCCCACAGUGAAGCAUGGUGGUGGCAGCAUCAUGCUGUGGGGAUGUUUUUCAUCGGCAGGGACUGGGAAACUGGUCAGAAUUGAAGGAAUGAUGGAUGGCGCUAAAUACAGGGAAAUUCUUGAGGGAAACCUGUUUCAGUCUUCCAGAGAUUUGAGACUGGGACGGAGGUUCACCUUCCAGCAGGACAAUGACCCUAAGCAUACUGCUAAAGCAACACUCGAGUGGUUUAAGGGGAAACAUUUAAAUGUCUUGGAAUGGCCUAGUCAAAGCCCAGACCUCAAUCCCAUUGAGAAUCUGUGGUAUGACUUAAAGAUUGCUGUACACCAGCAGAACCCAUCCAACUUGAAGGAGCUGGUGCAGUUUUGCCUUGAAGAUUGGGAAAAAAUCCCAGCGGCUAGAUGUGCCAAGCUUAUAGAUACAUACCCCAAGAGACUUGCAGCUGUAAUUGCUGCAAAAGGUGUCUCUACAAAGUAUUGACUUUGGGGGGGGGGUGAAUAGUUAUGCACGCUCAAGUUUUCUGUUUUUUUGUCUUAUUUCUUGUUUGUUUCAAAAUAAAAAAUAUAUUGCAUCUUCAAAGUGGUAGGCAUGUUGUGUAAAUCAAAUGAUACAAACCCCCAAAAAAUACAUUUUAAUUCCAGGUUGUAAGGCAACAAAAUAUGAAAAAUGCCAAGGGGGGUGAAUUCUUUUGCAAGCCACUGUAUUGUAAAGAACAGUCAAACCAAACCAGACCACUACAAAUGAACCCCAUUGCAAAAACUGUUUUCUUCCCACUCACUUCAGGAUCCAGAGCAACUCGGAGCGUCUGAAGUCUCGGGUGACAGAGAUCCACGACAGCAAGAGAAAGCUGGAGCUGGACCUGAAGCAGCAGGCCACCGACAACAGAGAGAUCGACAAGAGGAUGAACAGCCUGAAGCCAGACCUCAUGCAGCUAAGGAAGAUCAGGGACCAGUACCUGAUGUAAGAAAACGCUAUGCUAUACGAUGCGAUACUAUCCCAGCCAACAUUUCCAUGUGGGGCCCAUGUGGGUUAAUGAAGGGCUGUUCCAUAGGACCCAUUAGGGAAACCCAACAGGGACCCACUAAGGUUUGUCCUCAGUAUCCACGUUGGCCCCACAUGUGGUUGCCAUGUUGGGAUUUAUGUGGGUUAAUGUUGGGCUUACUGAGGGACGCCUGUGGGCAAAUGUGUUUAUAACCCACGUGGGCCCCAGGUUUUAGCCCAGGUGGGUUAAAGAAGGGUUAACACUUGGUCCCCCAAAUAGGAUAAUAAAAUGUUUUGACGCUCAACAUGGCAACCACGUGGGGCCAACGUGGAUACUGAGGACAACUUUGUGGUCCCCUUGUGGUUAUCCUACAUGGGGGCCCAAGUGUUAACCCUUCUUUAACCCACCUGGUCUAAAACCUGGGGGUCACGUGGGUGAUCACACUUACCCGCAUGGGUCCCAGGUGUUUACCCAAAUGGGUGUGUAGUAUGACCUAUAUGGGCAGUCAGUAGGCUGUAAAUGUGGUUUUCAAUUGGGCUGUCCACCUGGGACCAAACUGGUUUUGUUUUCAGUCUCCAUGCAGGCCCCAGAUGUUGUUGCCCAAGCAAGCUUUCUUAAGAGAUGACAAAAGCAGUUAUUUAUAAAGGAAAUUAAUGUUUAUUUAUAGCACAUGCUCAGUUCAAAUACAAUGCAGGAACUACGAUUACAGGUAUAGUUCAAUCAAAUUACAAAUGUACACAUUGGUUUCCUCACCCUGUAUACAAUUCCUAAAAUGUGCAUGUCAGCAGUGAAGUUCUCAAGAUGGAGGACCUUCAGUACAGCAGUGUUCCCCAAUCCUGGUCCCAAAGGGGUGCACAUUUUUGUUUUUGCACUAGCACUCACAUACCUUAUUCAAUACAAAGGCUUGAUGAUGAGUUGCUUAGUGAAUCAAGUGUGUGAGUGUUGGGGCAAAAACAUAAAAGAGUACCCCUUUGGGUCCCCAGGACCAGGAUUGGGAAACACUGCAGUACAGAGCAAAAAGUGUGAUGAUGCAAAUUAUAUGCAAUGAUCAUUUAGAUAAUUUGCGUAGCAUUUGCAUCACCAUUAUACUUUUUGCUCUUGAAAACUUGAGCGCUAACAUGCGCAGUUUUUGGUAUUGUAUUAAAAGUGGACUAAUGAACAAAAUAGUACAAGAACGUCUUUUUUGUUAAAUGUCCCUUUCAGAGCACCUACCACUCCAUUCAGGAAAGCUGUGUCAAGUAACUUUUGCUCCAUGGCCUCUACAUCCUGGACAGUAUUCAUAGGGAAAUCAGACCCCUCAGAUAGUGCUGCUGUCGCUAUGUUACCACUGUCAGGUCCUCACUCUUCUUCAUCCAUGUCUGAGUCCGUCUGCCGAUCAGAAGUCUCCUCUGCCUUUUUAAGUUUGAUCUGGGCCGGUUCAUAGGUAGCUGUGAAAAUAAAACAUUUCGGUCUUUAUCCAAGGACUGUUAGCUGGAACCUAGUUGGAAAAACCCAUGUGGGCUACAACAUGGGUCCCUAUGGCUGCGUUUACACAGGCAGCCCAAUUCUGAUUAUUUUUCCCACUAAUUGGUCAGCUCUUUUGCCAAUAAUUUGGCAAAAGAUCAGAAUUGGGCUGCCUGUGUAAACGCAGCCAAAUUGACCCGUUACCAUUUUUAAAGGGCUGUAGUUGGUAUACAGUAACCUUAUUCGUUCAUGAUUAUUUUAUCAUAAUUUCUUUAAUUUGAAAGACUAAUCUUCAUAUUUUGGACCAUUCAGAAUCAGAUCAAGAUCAUGUAACUUUUCUGGUCAGUCUGUUCUAACAAGACGAUUUUAACUAGCUCAGUAAUUUAGCAUGGUAAUUAUUUUACUUCACUUAAUGUAGCAGGUCAAGUUUCUUAUUUCAAUUUCGUAUUUUAUUUGGAAAAAAUAAAAUGUACGACCAGAUAACCCAUUUUAUAAAUGGUAAAGGGCCCAUUUGGGACCUAUGGGUUUGCCUGUGUGUGUGACCCAAAUUGUUAACCCGAUUGGGUCCCAAUCAUAAUUCCUGAAAAAAGAACACCAGAUUGCCCACUUACAGCCCAUGGAAAAAAAUAUUCAGGGCUCAUUUGGGACCCAUGUUAUAGCCUACAUGGGUUUUCCCAUGUGUGACCCUGGUAGUAGGCCCGACUGGGUCCCAUUGACAGUCCCUGACCAUAUUCACACCAGGUAGCCCACUUACAGCCCAAUUAAAAAUGGAUUCCGGCACCAUUGGGGACCCACACUACAGGGGUUUUACCAUGUCUGGCCCAAAAGGUUAACUCAACUGCGUACCAGCUUAGAUAACCAUUUAGAGCCGUUGCCCAGUUGAAACCCGUGAAGUCCAUAUAAAACCCAGGUGGGGCCCACCUGGACAUGUUGGCUGUGAUGAUAUACGAUGCUAGGCUAUACGAUGCUAGGCUAUAUGAUGCUAGGCUAUAUGAUGCUAGGCUAUACGAUGCUAGGCUAUACGAUGCUAGGCUAUACGAUGCUAGGCUAUAUGAUGCUAGGCUAUGCGAUGAAAUGCUAUAUGAUGCGAUGUUAUGCCUCUUAUUCUGUUUCUUUGGUCUUGCAGGUGGUUGACACAGAAGGGGACGAGGCAGAAGAAGAUUAAUGAAUGGCUGGGUAUAAAGAACGAGGCAGAAGAGUAAGUGAUGAAAAUUGAACGUUUGGCAAGUGUUUAGAUCAUGUUAAGAGCUAUACCCAUGGGCAGGGGCGGACUGGGACCAGAAAUUGGCUCUGGCAUUUCUAACACACCCGCCCAUUUUAUUCCUUGAGGCCCCAUUAUUAACCAUAUAAUGAUAAUUUUGCACCAAAAAAAAACAAGUUGGACAGGUCCAAUAGGCAAAAAAUGUACCAGCCCAUCUGGCAUUUACACCUCUGCCCAUGGGUGCUUCUGUAAAAAUAGAAUUUGAAACUGUUGCCUUGUAUUCUGUAUUGAUGUCAUAUUCUGGUUGUAAAAAUAAAUGUUAUAAAAUGACAUAGUUACAUCAUUGCAACCAAUUCUGCCCACUGACAAUGAUCAAGUUGCCUUUCCCUAAAAGGCACAAGGCUUUUAAACCCUGCACCAUCUCCCCAAACGUCUGCCGCACCAAAAUAGAUCUAAUAAUAAUCCUAAAACUGUUAUAAAGUAUUUAGUGAAACAUCCAGUAAAACGAUGAGUCAUUAACCCGCCAUCUCCCUCCUACAGCUCCUACUGGUUGGUGGAGUACGAGGGCUCGCCCCACCACGACGAGGGCACCUGGUAUAUGGGCGACAUCAAGCGCACCCAGGCAGAGGAGCUGCUGAAGGACAAGUGUGACGGCACCUUCCUCAUCCGAGAGAGCCAGACGCAGAAGGGCUCCUACGCCUGCUCUGUAGUGUGAGUGUUUAUUUAAAUGUUUUCCAUGUCAUUUUAUGUCAGUCAAAAGGGCUAAGAUCAUUCAUUGAUGGGUUGAUCUAUUUAAAAUGGGCAAGUAGGAAUAUAGUAUGUGGUUGUAACUAAAACCACAUACUAUAUCCCUAUUCUUACUUGACAAUUUUAAAUAGAUGUUGUUGGCAUUCCCCCAAAUGACAAUUGUACACUGUGCCAUUGAUUUUAAGGGGACAGCAAAGGGGAGACCCACAUAGCUACAGUAUUCUACCGUAAAUCCUGUUGUUUUUACGGUAACUUAGUGUCAGACAGUUACCUGUAAGUUACUGUAAAAAAAUAAGGCUACAGUAUUCUACCGUAAAUUCCAAAGAAACGUUGGUUUAACAGUACAUUGUAAACUUUUUACAGUUGCUUUGGAAUUUUAAGUAACAUUUUUUAAAACCUUUUUUACAAUAACUUACAGGUAACUGUCUGCCAGUAAGUUACCGUAAAAACAACAGGAUGCUUUUUACAGUGUGGAGUAGGUCAAAGCUGUGUCCUGGAAAACCUUGGUAGCACAUGGGUGAAGUUGGGGCUUGUGAUGAUUGUGAAUUUCCUUUCUUUUUUUAGCUUUAGACCAACCCUAACAUCUCACUUAAAAUGUCGUUUUUGUGUUUAAUUACUUAGGAAACAUUUGUGACGUUGACCUUUUUGUUUGUUUCCAUAAAACUGUAAUCGCUCUGUCUCCCCCAGUGUGGACGGCGACCCUAAGCACUGCGUCAUCUACAAGACAGACAAAGGCUACGGCUUCGCCGAGCCUUACAACCUGUACAGUUCCCUGAAGGACCUGGUGCUCCACUACAAGCACGAGUCCCUGGUCCAACACAAUGACCAGCUGAAUGUAACCCUGGCCUAUCCGGUCCUCACCCAGACCCAGACCCAGCAGCAGAACCCCAGAUGA